ACGUCUUAGUUGGGGGCUAUUAUUAGAAAGUUACGUCACUGCGCUGUGGAGGGCGCUUCUCCCUCCGUUCCGAUCACAACCACCGACGGUAACGGAGAAUAACUCCCUCCUUCUCCUCCCACAUGGACCGGAACCAAGCAGCACCACGUGACCCGGGGCCCCCGGACUGACUGAGCUUCUCACACCGCAUCAUGGCUGCGGAGGAUGCGGCCGCGCGGUCCAGAAGCGGAGCGCUGCUCCCCCGCGGGGCUCCGCUGUCUGCGUCCCGGCUGCUGCUGCUCUCCCUGGCCGCCGCCUCCCUGCUCCCCGCCCCAGCGCUCGGCUUGCUCGGCUUUCGGCCGGAGGAGACCGGGGCGGAGCUGUCCGUGGAGGACGGGGUGCUGAAAGCCACCGAGGGGACGCGCUUCAUGCUGCGGGUUUAUUACUCCACCUCACCGCAGAGGCUCAACCGCACCUCGACGGCGCGCGCCAACAACGCUGCGCCCUGGAUCGCCUUCAUCGAGGAACCAACUCCCGGGAGAGAAGGACAAGUUCACCCGAAGAGGAACAUGUGCAUGGACAAGACCGCGAGGACCUCCGACAUCGAGGUUCUGGGCUCUUUCAAGUCCGCAUCCAGCCAGAACUCGGUGCUGGUGGAGCUGCUGGCAAAGGACCUGCGGCGAGGAGAGAAGAUCAAACACUACUCUAUGUGCGCCUUCGACGGAUCCAAAUGGGAACACUACCGGACGCGGGAUUUCUGGGUUGCCGUGGUGGAGCGUUCAGCGGUACCCGAGUUGUGGCUGCAGGUUCUGGUCUCAGUCCUGCUACUCGGGCUCUCAGCGUUAUUCAGCGGGCUGAACCUGAGUCUCUUGGCGCUGGACCCGGUGGAGCUGCAGGUGCUGCAGAACAGCGGCACCGACAAGGAGCAAAAUUACGCGCGGAAAAUCGAGUCCGUGCGUCGGCACGGGAACUACGUCCUGUGCACUUUAUUACUGGGCACCGCGAUCAUCAACGCAUCGCUCGCUGUGUGGAUGUGUCAGAUCCUGGGCAUGACCUGGGUUUCCACGGUCAUCUGCGCCUUUGGCAUCUUCUUCAUUGGGGAGAUCCUGCCGCACUCGGUGGCGUCGCGGCACGGCCUCGCCAUCGCCUCCAAAACGAUCUGGGUGACGCGUUUGCUCAUGGUGCUCUCCUUCCCCAUCUCCUACCCCAUCAGCAAACUGCUGGACCUCAUCCUGAACCAGGAAAUCUCCAACUUUUACACCAGGGAGAAACUCCUGGAGAUGCUGCGCGUCACGGACCCGUACCACGACCUGGUCAAAGAGGAGCUCAACAUCAUCCAGGGAGCGUUGGAGCUGCGCACCAAAACCGUGGAGGACGUCCUGACGCCGCUGACCGACUGCUUCAUGCUGACCUCGGACGCGGUGCUGGACUUCAACACCAUGUCGGAGAUCAUGCAGAGCGGCUACACGCGCAUCCCUGUGUUUGAGAACGAGCGGUCCAACAUAGUGGACAUCCUGUUUGUCAAGGACCUGGCGUUUGUGGACCCGGAUGACUGCACCUCGCUGAAGACCAUCACACAGUUCUACAAACACCCACUGCAUUGCGUCUUCAACGACACCAAACUAGACGCCAUGCUGGAGGAGUUCAAGAAAGGAAAGUCUCACCUCGCCAUCGUGCAGCGGGUGAACAACGAGGGUGAAGGUGAUCCUUUCUACGAGGUGACGGGCAUCGUCACCCUGGAAGACGUCAUUGAGGAAAUCAUUAAGUCAGAGAUCCUGGAUGAGACUGACCUCUACACUGACAAUCGCACGAAGCGGCGUGUUUCUCACCACGAGCGGAAGCAGCAGGACUUCUCCAUCUUCAAACUGUCAGAGAAUGAGAUGAAAGUGAAGAUUUCUCCUCAACUUCUCCUGGCGACUCACCGGUUCCUGUCCACAGAGGUGGAACCCUUCAAACCUGCUCACAUUUCAGAGAAGAUCUUGUUGAGGCUGAUCAAACACCCCAGCGUGGUCCAGGAGCUCAAGUUUGAUGAGAGGAACAAGCGAGCGCAGCAGCACUUCCUGUUCCAACGCAACAAACCUGUGGAGCACUUCAUCCUGGUGUUGCAGGGUCGAGUGGAAGUGGAGUUCGGUAAAGAAGCGCUCAAGUUCGAGAACGGAGCAUUCUCUUACUUUGGGGUUCCUGCCAUCAUGCCAGCAGUCCACAGAUCCCCCUCUCGCAGCAGUGGUUUGGACCGCUCUGAGUCCAUGCUGUAUGGAGGGAGCAUGGGGCAGCUGAACGGAGGCGGGAACGUCUACCUGCCAGAUUACUCGGUCAGACAACUCACACACCUUCAGGUCAUCAAGAUCACUCGGAGUCACUACCAGAACGCUGUGACAGCCACCAGGAUGGACAGCUCUCCUCAAACACCUGAUGCCGACGCUCGUCCAUCUGAGGGCAACACCCCAAACCCAGAGCCUCCGAUAAUGGAGCACGGAGCCACACUGAUGCCCCCACCACACACCACCACCAUGCUAAUGCCUCCACCCAGGGAGCCCAGUCGGCCCAGCUCGGCCAGAACCCAAGGACCGCAGUCCACCGUCCAGCACAGCACGUCCCUGCUGAACGAGAAGAACCGCAUUGUCCGGAGUAAAUCGGACGGCCAGAAAAGUCCCAGUGACUCAGUGUUUCUCAGGAUGGACGAGAUCCCGUACAUCAGAGAGGACAGAGCUGAGACUGACGCACACACCGACAUGGCCUCGGUUCCCAUAGAAACGGACACAUCUCCUUUCAUCAGCAGUCUGUCGCUGAGCGGCUCAGAGGAAACACUGGGCAAGAAACUCCUGCUUAAACUCAGCCACAGGAAGAGGAAAAAGUCCCGCGAAGGGGACAAAACACCAGAGGACAUUUCAGAGCAGCCGCUGGUACAGACCUAGCAGAGUGUUUGCAUGAAACAGACUCCAAGUCUCCAUCGUGUGAUGGUUCUUUAUGCUGUUUGUAAAGACAAUGUGAACGAGGAACUACAGCUCUCAGAGUUUUAUCUGAGAGAUACUCACUCUGCACACAGGAGGAGGUGCACCCUGGGCAAGAUGCAUCAAAAUGUCAUCGUCACAUGUUCUUGUUGAUGCUUGUACAUAAACGAUUGACAGCAAGUUUUUUCAGAGUUUUAAAGUUUGUACUUGUACAGGCUGUUCUGUAACCAAAGUGAUAGCUGCACCUGGAUCAUGUUAUUAGUGGUUUUUGGAAGCCUCCCCUUUUCUUCUUCUUUUGGCUUCUCCCUUUGGGGGGCGUCACAGUGGAUCAUCUGCCUCUAUCUUGUCCUCUCCCUUAUGUCCCCCACUUGUCCCCUACUCUAACUACACAUUACAAUCUCAUAGUCCACUGAGUCUCCUGUCUGACCUCCAUUGUUCCUUCCUUUCAUCCAUCCAUCCACUUUCUUCACCAAACCCCCAGAUACUUGAACUCCUCCAUUUGGGGCAGGAUCUCAGUCCCGACCUCUCCGGGUCUCAGACCUUUUCCGCAUUAGGACCAUGGUCUCAGAGUUGGAGAUCACGGCCCGAUGAAGCAAACAGAACCACAUCAUUUGCAAAAAGCAGAGACAGGAUCCUAAGUCCACCAAACAGAACCUCCUAGAAAGUCAGAAUCAAUGAAAAUAACUCCAGGCAGAUCUCAUCUAACCCCGGGGACCUGCCACCGAGGAGCUUUUUAACCACCUCUGCACUUUCAUGGAAAGAUUUCGAAUCACAAUCAGAGUGUAUAACAGUGAUAUACAGUAUAUGUCAGCCACUGAUUGAGUGAGAGGAAGCAGGAGUGAGAUGGAAAAGCAGCAGAAUUCCAAACAGGAGAAAGAAGAUGAAUGAAGAUGUUCUUUGUUUCUUUAUGUUUCUGCCUUUUUUCGUUUUAAAGCAUCUUUUCUUCACACAGCGCAAAGAUGAGAGAGUUUAAGAAGGAUGUGUCGUUGAUUAUCCUCUGCACUUUAUAUUUUCUUUGCUGUUGGCAAUUAAAUACAAAUGUAAAGAUUUAAAGAAGAUACCUUUAUAAGACUUAAAUUUUUAAGCCAUAACUAUAGCAAUCUUGUGAGAAUGAUGGUGUUUUUCUUGUAUGAGAGCAAUACUGAAAAGGCUUGAAGCAAUGUUAUUGAUGUAAAUGGGGCCCCAGGAAUAGUGAUUUUCUAGAAAUCCCAAUUCCUUUUCCGCAUCAGAGACAUCUUGUCAAAGCCAGUGUGCAGAAUAAAAUGAAAGAGGAUACUGUACUGGUUAAGAUGAAAUUUUUUGCACAGGAUGUGUAUUUAUACAUUAUAUGCAUAUGGAAAUUGACAUUUAUUUACCAUAAUCACAUGGUAUCAAACAGUAGUUUAUGUUUAUUUGGAGGUUCACAGCAUUAACGCACAUCUUAGUUUGGAGCAUUAGAAAUGUCUACGUGAGAAACACACACCAGUCGACCUUUGUCUUAUAAUUGAAUGAUGGAUGAUGGAAGGUCGUGGUGAAAGCUGCUGCUGAGCUGAACAUUUGUUCGGGAGCUGAAACUCUGUCCACAGUUUGUCUCCAUUGUUCUGAAAAUGUUCCUGAUGGUGCACCGUUCUGUACUUUCUGUGCUGGCUGCAUGGUGCAGAGGGGACAGGAAGGAGGGGCGUGGCCUCCAUCUGACUGUGUUUGCAGGAUCAGAUUUGUGGCACUGCAGCACAGAGGAGGAGGAGGAGGAGGAGGGGGAGGAGGAGGAGAUGCUGUUUCAGCUCAGACUAUUGUUAUUAGAAGGAAAUAAAAUUAGGGAUGACUCAACACCACUCUCUCAUGUCCAAUAGUGACAUCACAUCUUUGAGUGUUUGCCAAUGUUGAUGUAAUUCAGAUUGUUUAAAGCCAGGGCGUCAAACUCAAUUACAGCGGGAGUCGAAAUCACAAACUGUAUCCAGGUCGAGGGUCACCGGGGUCACGUUUCGAUAUAUUACUGAACGCAAUGGAUCCUUUUCUUUUCAUAAAAUAAAAUGGAUUUAUCCAUGAAAUAGACCCAGAAGGGCUAAAUACUGGACAACUGUUUCAUAGUUACAGCACACAUACAUCAGUUGGAGGACUCACAAAAGAACAUAAAUGAAGAAGUGUGUUCAAUAUUAUGUGGUGAAUCAUUUAUAAAUCAUUUUCUCUUAAACUCAGCAGUAUAGUAAUGACCUGAUUCCCUCUGCUGUAUUUUCAGUAGAACAGCAGUCACAUGGAUCUUAGCCAAUAAUUUGCUGUUUGCUGUUUUACUAAAUGUUUAAAACCUCUGUUUAAAACCUCUGUGUCCACACGUCAUUUUGUUUAAUUCUUGUAUGGGUGAGGAAACUCACCCAUGACAAAGUGUGUCAAUGGAAGGGCAAGAAAGACAUAAGACAUUAUCUCAGAGGCUGACCAUUAAUGUGUGUUUUAAGUUCUUCACUUCUUCCCAUUUGUGCUGAGCAAAAAAAUAAAACAUACCUGUGUAACAAAUGCUCUGCUCACAUUAACAAUAAAUAAACAGGAUUUUUGCUUUUGUUUACA